AAAGGAUGCGUCAUUCUAUCAAUCCUCGCAAAUAGUACGAAUUCCCGGUGCAAUGCCUUCCAAGCUGUCCAAGGAUUCUUCUUAGAAUCAGUAAACACACCGGAGCGAGUCAUAAAUGUGCUUGCCCAUGGUGGAUGGAGUGUCUCUGUGAUGUCCAUGAUGAAUAUGGUGAAGUCGCUAACAGUCGAGCGACAGAAAAUCAUACGUGAUCUAUCCAAGGAUGGUCUAUGUGCACUGGCAUAUGACAAUCUUGAUUUCGAUUUCAAGCCAAAGGAGGCCACGUUAGAAAAUCCUGGUACAUUUGAAAGCAUCACAACUGGUACUUUCAUACCAUUGGGACACAGCACAACACUGGAUGACUUACGGUUCUCAGAUGAGCUAUGGAGGAAAAGCUCAUUAAAUCCGCAAGGCACAAAGGAUGUCACUCCUUCGCAUCUGCCAUCACAGAAGUAUAUCCUAAAGCGAGUGGGAGAGUCAAUCCCACACAUAGAGCUGGCAAUGCAGUGGUACAUCAAGAGUGUAAUUGUGGAGUACCUUCCUUCAUCAUACAAGGACCUUCUUGGUCCGAUGCCAUCAUCAAAGUGGAUAGGUGUUGAGAAAUCAACUCAGCAGCCAGCACGCGCAAUGCACAUAAAGGCAUCAAGCAACGACGGGAACGUUGAGAUUGUAGAUAAUCUUGAACGCCAGCUGGGUACAAAAAGUGAAUGGUAUGACUCAUACAUACGUUUAUGCCAUGGUGACCUGGGCACACAAGAACGUCAUGACAGCACAACAUUCUUCCAUGCAAUCGAGAAUAGUAGUCAGAAUAGACUACAGUGGCUUGUGACAGUACCGGGGGUAUUCCACAUUCGGAUGGCAGCCGUUGAUGCCAUUUGGAGAACACAUAUUAGUGGACAUGCAUUGCAAUCAAAUGAAGGUGGCACUUACAAACUGUUUCAAACCCUCCGCCCUCGAGACUUCACGAAACUUAGUAGGAAUCCAAGUUAUCAUAUGCUGAAUGAUGGGAUCAUGCACCUCGUGAAAGUGCAUAUAACAGUGUGCUGGGAGCAGGUGCUUGGGAACAGCGAUCUGCAAGGAUUUUCUGAAACCGAACCGGCAUGGGAUACAAUCGAUGAUCUGGCACAUCAAAUCUUUAUCAAGCACUUUGCGGGAAACAACUUCAAUGACUUACAGGAUCUACCCAACUCCAAAUGCGAUAGGAGGCUGGAAAAUCAGCUGCUGUUUAAUCGGGAUGGGCUGAUGUAUGUGUUACUAGCCCAGGCAUCAAACACUGGAGCAGUUGGUUUCAUGAAAGAUCUCCUAUGGAUAUGGGUGCCGAUGUUUUGUGCAUGUGGAAAACAUAAGUAUGUGGCACAUCUCUCCAAAUUCCUUCGAGAUUUACACGACACUUGCCCUGCAAGGCUGAGCCAUACUAUCGAAAUGCAUUGGUUGUGCAAUCCAACAGGCAUGCCCGAUGGGUUUAGAGGUGUAGACUGGUGA